AAACGUAAAGAAGAAGAAACACGGAAGUUUUAUAUCUGUUGCGUCCACAUGUGUUUCUCAUCCGUUAUGUCUAAAUUAAGAUGAAUAUAAGUAACUAAAGGAAUUAUUCAUGCGAGAUGAAAACUGGAGGAGUUGUAAUGAGUUAAAGACAUAGUUUAAAGAUGCUGAGUGACUGUGAAGCUGUAGAGCUGCUAUCCUUCCUGACCCCCAGUACACGUCCUGAUGUCAAAGGGAAGGCCACCGAGUAUCUCCUGGGACUGUCUGGACACAGGGAUGGUUGCCGCUUCCUGCGCUCUAAACCCGACUUAGUAUCUGCACUGUUUGCGCUGACCUCUGACCCCUCUAUUGCCAUAGUAAAGGACUGUUACCACAUCCUCAUCAACCUGUCAGCUGAUGAAACUCUGCACCAGGUUUUGGUGACUGAGGUGAAAGUUCUCCCAGCGUUGUUAAAGAACAUUCUGGAUCCAGAGUACUUGUUCUCUGAUCAGAUCUCAACCAUCCUCUCAAACCUGACCCGUCAUGAGAGGACCUGCAAGACGGUGUUUGAGGUGCUGCAGGAGGAGGUUGGUUUGGCAAAGCUGGUGGAAAUCUUCUGCACCGAAGGUUACAAUAAGAAGGCUAAACUCCACUACCUGGGUCCUCUGCUGUCCAACCUGACCCAGCUGUCUGAGGCCAGAAACUACAUAAUGGACAAGGACAGGUGUGUAAUUCAGAGGUUGUUGCCCUUUACACAGUACCAGGCGUCGAUCAUGAGAAGGGGCGGAGUCAUAGGAACCCUGCGCAACUGUUGCUUCGACCACACUCAUCAUGAGUGGUUGCUAAGCGACGCCGUGGACAUCCUGCCUUUCCUCCUGCUGCCAUUGGCCGGCCCAGAGGAGCUGACGGAAGAGGAAAAUGAAGGUCUGCCUGUGGACCUACAGUAUCUGCCAGAGGACAAGAAACGAGAAGGAGAUCCAGACAUCAGGAAGAUGCUUCUAGAAACGCUUUUACUGCUCACGGCGACUAAAGCCGGGCGGCAGACACUGAAAGACAAAAACGUUUAUCCCAUCAUGAGGGAGUUUCACCGCUGGGAGAAAGACGUCCACGCUACAGCAGCCUGUGAGAAACUGGUACAGGUGUUGAUUGGUGACGAGCCGGAGAAAGGGAUGGAGAACCUGAUGGAGGUGGAGAUCCCUGAGGAUGUGAAGGAGAAGCUAAAGGAGGCUGACGCCAAGGAGCAGGAGGAGCUGGAGAAAGAGGAAAAGAAGAGGCAGGAGGAGGAGGAAGAGGAGAAGAAGAGUGAUGCAGAAAGAACAGAUGGAGAACGGGAGAGUGGACUGAUGAAAUAAACUGCUCAGACAUCACUUUGAUAUCGUCACUCAGAUGGGACAUUUACAGGAAAAAAAAACACCUCAUACUGUCAAGAUCCCAGUAAAUUCACUAACAAGUUUUAUUUCUGAGUUACAGCUCACAUUAUUAUCAUGAUUUACUGGAGUUAAUUGACUUGGCUACUGAUCUAAUUAAAAAAAAAAAAUUUUCUUAAAAGUUUUCUGAUUUGAACCACUUACUAAAUACACAUGUACAAAGGAAAUUAUUUUCUGUGUCUUCACCGGCCAAAUUAGUCUAUUUAGAAAAUCUAAUAAAAUUAAAAAAAAAAACUCUCUCAAAAGAAGUUGGGAGUUAUAUUUACCAUCAUGUCACAUCAAUUCUUUAUUUUGACCAAAUUU